UUAACACCACUACGCUUUAUAUAACAUCUCUGCUUCUUCCACCACCAGCCGACACCACCAUUCACCAUCCUCUCCAAGAAAAACCCUAAUCAAAUUAUACCUUAGCCUUUCUAAAUGCCCUGUAGUUUCUAGCACCACCAUGUCAUCGCCUACAAUAAACAACUCCCACCACAAAUCUAGAAUCAUCUGCCUCGAUCUCCUUCCCCACUACUAUUUACAACCACUACUACUGCUAUCAUAUCCUACCCACGUCGUCUCUAUUUUAGAAAAAUCUUGACCACCGACGCCUCCCACGACUCCCCUGUCGUUGAUGUAUAAAUUGAUGUACAUCAUCUGAUUUUGAAUCAGGUUCACAAAAUUUGACAUUCUUGCCUGCCUUCCCUGUCGUUGAUGGAGAAAUCUAUCUCUAGAACUUGGGUGGGCGACCUUCUACGCGGUUUGAUAAAGCCAUAUUUAGAGAAAGCUAGGGUUUGAUUCAGAUUUCCUUUCUCUUUUAUGAGUUUCAAGAAAAUAAAUGUUUAUGAAGACACAGGGGAAGGUGAGUCAAAGGAAGUGGAAGCUGUUUUUCAUCAGAUUUGGUUUGAAAAACAUAAGGGGUUGGUUCUGAUUUGUCAAUUCAAUUUAGUAUCUCUGGUCCUUCUUCAAGUUCCAAAUGUGGAUGAUGAGAUUACGUAUUGGAUUUUUAAUAUAUUUAUUAAGUUUCUAAUUGAUAAAUGUUGUUGA